ACCACAAUCUAUUAGAGAAGUUACACUGAGACUAAAAAAAUAUAUGUAUAUUUUGUAAAAAGAAAAAACAAAAUCCAAACAAAAUGCUGCCACACAUCGCAGGCAAAUGAGCCCGCUAGCCCUCGGCUUCCAUCUGCGGCUGCUGCAGAGCAGCGUGUCCGAGCCCGGUCCCGUGCCCGCCACCGCCUCCGUAUCCGCAUUCGCAUCCGCAUCCACAUCCGCAUCUGCAUCUCGGGCGGGGCGUGUACGCCGCGUAUCUCUGUGUGAGUGCCAGUGCCAGUUGUUAAACAAAACGAAUCGCCAGAAUCGGCUGAAAUUCCAGUGCAAGGCGUUCCCAAAUCGCAAUCCAGUAAACUAAAUCUGAAAUUGAGUUUCGUUUCCGGUUCCGCCGCGCUUUAUCCGUUAUCUUAGUUAGUCGGUCGGUCGGUAGGUCGGUCGGUCGCCUGUUCAGGCACUCUCUGUGUGUGCUGCUAAAAAAUUGAUGCCACAAGCAGUUGCAAAGGCAGCCCUGUAAUCCAUGCCAACAUUCAAGACUGCUAACUGGAAUUGCUUCGACCGAACACUAUCAACUCAAAUUACAAAAACCACGACUACAACCAAUUGCUGCCAGCAACAAAAAAAGUAAUCAGGAAUUUAAGCAAGCCGAAAAAAGCCAACAGAAGGGCCAUCAAGGAAGGAAACCGAAAACAUGUUUAUGGAAUUGUCAUCGUUAACGAGCAACUGACGCAACAGCUCAAGGCAUGUGGCCGCAGCAGCAACACCAGCAGCAGCAGCAGCAAUAUCAGCAUUGAGAGACAGCUCUAGCAGCAACACUUGGCCAGGAGCAACCGAGGGAUAGGAGUAGCGGGGCAGCAAGACUCCGUCGGUAGGUGGUGUGCUGCUGUAAAGCAGCACCAUUGCUGCCAUUAAAAUAGACGCCGCGGCGCAACAGCAACGCUGCCGUCGUCACAAUCAGCGCCAGCGACAACACCAUCCACACCAUCGCCAUCGCAGACGACGACGGCGCAGCAGCAACACCAGCACCGGCACUGGCAACGGCAGCACAAGCAGUCUGUUGGGCAUAGUGGGCGUGGCCAGCAAUUGCCCUUUGCUUGCCACUCAGCAGCUAAUCGACGAUUGUGUCAGCAGCAACAGCGCUGGCGACGACGACGGCGGCGUAACAUCAGCAACAACUGCAACUGCAUCGCAGAAGCAACUGCAACUGCAACAGCAAUUCUUCAACCAGCAACAUCAGCAACGAGGUCGGCGGCGACGCUACGACGGUCUGUCAUCGGUGGGCAAUGCAACGCGCUGUGCAGCAACGGGUUGGACCUGGCCUAAGAUGGGUAGCGUGCUAUUCGCAGCUGUAUUCAUAGCAUUACACUUUGCCACCGGCGGCCUGGCCAACCCAGACGCGAAGCGCCUCUACGACGACCUGCUGAGCAACUACAAUCGCCUCAUCCGACCCGUGGGCAACAACUCAGACCGCCUGACCGUCAAGAUGGGUCUACGGCUCUCCCAGCUGAUCGAUGUGAAUCUGAAGAAUCAAAUUAUGACAACCAAUGUCUGGGUGGAGCAGGAAUGGAAUGACUACAAAUUGAAAUGGAAUCCCGAUGACUAUGGCGGCGUGGACACGUUGCACGUUCCCUCCGAGCAUAUAUGGUUGCCGGAUAUUGUGCUCUAUAACAACGCCGAUGGAAACUAUGAAGUGACAAUAAUGACAAAAGCAAUUCUUCAUCACACUGGCAAAGUGGUGUGGAAGCCGCCCGCCAUUUACAAAUCCUUUUGCGAAAUUGAUGUGGAAUACUUUCCCUUCGAUGAGCAGACAUGUUUCAUGAAGUUCGGCUCCUGGACGUACGACGGAUACAUGGUGGAUUUGAGGCACUUGAAGCAAACCGCUGAUUCGGACAACAUCGAGGUGGGCAUCGACUUGCAGGACUAUUACAUUUCAGUGGAAUGGGAUAUUAUGCGAGUGCCGGCAGUAAGGAACGAAAAGUUUUACAGUUGCUGUGAAGAGCCCUACCUGGACAUUGUCUUCAAUCUAACACUGCGGCGGAAGACACUCUUCUACACAGUCAACUUGAUCAUACCCUGUGUGGGCAUCUCGUUCCUGUCGGUGCUCGUCUUCUACCUGCCCAGUGACUCUGGUGAAAAGAUUUCACUCUGUAUCAGUAUCCUGCUGUCGCUCACUGUGUUUUUUCUGCUGCUCGCCGAGAUCAUUCCGCCGACUUCGUUAACGGUGCCACUACUGGGAAAGUACCUGCUAUUCACCAUGAUGCUCGUCACGCUCUCCGUAGUGGUAACCAUUGCGGUGCUUAAUGUAAACUUCAGAUCACCUGUUACACAUCGUAUGGCGCCUUGGGUACAACGCCUGUUCAUCCAGAUCCUGCCGAAACUCCUAUGCAUCGAGAGGCCCAAAAAAGAGGAGCCCGAAGAGGAUCAGCCGCCCGAAGUGCUCACCGAUGUCUAUCACCUGCCCCCAGAUGUGGACAAGUUUGUCAACUACGAUUCCAAGCGCUUCAGCGGUGACUACGGCAUACCAGCUCUUCCCGCCUCGCACCGAUUCGAUUUGGCCGCGGCUGGUGGCAUCAGCGCCCACUGCUUUGGUGAACCACCUCUGCCCUCCUCACUGCCAUUGCCCGGUGCCGACGAUGACCUCUUCAGCCCCUCGGGUCUAAAUGGGGAUAUCAGUCCCGGAUGCUGUCCGGCAGCUGCAGCGGCUGCCGCGGCCGCAGCCGCCGAUCUUAGUCCCACGUUUGAGAAGCCAUACGCCCGCGAAAUGGAAAAGACCAUCGAGGGAUCGCGCUUUAUAGCACAGCAUGUGAAAAACAAGGACAAGUUCGAAAGUGUGGAGGAGGAUUGGAAGUACGUCGCCAUGGUGUUGGAUCGUAUGUUUCUGUGGAUCUUCGCAAUCGCUUGCGUGGUCGGAACAGCACUGAUUAUUUUGCAGGCACCGAGCUUGUACGACCAGUCGCAGCCGAUUGACAUACUCUACUCGAAGAUUGCCAAGAAGAAAUUCGAGCUGCUCAAGAUGGGCAGCGAGAACUCCUUAUAGCGACCACUUGGGUUCGCGGCCGGCUGGUGGAAUCUAAUCAUCAGCUCGCUGCGGACCCUGUUCGCCGCUCGCGACGAUGAUCGUGGAUAAUAUACGAUGAGCCAGACCAUGAGUAUUUCGUCGGCGCUAUACAACACGAAUGCCAGCAGUGGCACUGACUAUAGCAGUGUCCUUGGCAGUGUUGUCAACAGCACAGUAAGCACCAACGAAUCGGAUACCUCAUGGGGCACGUCGUAGAACGCGAGGCGAGUGAAGCGAACAUUGCGAAAUGAAUUGAACUAAAUUGAACUCAAAGUGGAAAGGAGGGCAGUUUUUGGAGCAGUUGAUCAAAAUAUGUAUGUAAUAAAUUGCGAGGAUGUGGUGUUGAUUAACCGCGACUGUGUCGGACAGUUUGGAAGAGAGAGUUUUGCUCCGCAAGCCAGAAGAUCGACGAUUGUGGAGCUGAUGUUAGUUUAUAAGAGUUUUGAUGUACUUGAUUGCGGGUCGACUAAGAUCGGGGUUCAGGUUGUCGGAGAUCGUCGCUGGGAGGAUCCCUGGACCAGUGUUGUAUAAAGCGAAUGGGGUUUUGUAAGUUAUAUUGUAUUUUUGAGCGCCAAAAAGUUCCUUGUUACAUCUUUUAGUUUUAACGAUUCACACAAAAAAAGCAAA